ACGACCGACUGGCGGGGUCUUACAGGCAACAUCCUUCUGUGGUCGCUCACCAACGUCGACAACGAGACCCAGUACGAAUUGCACAUCGAGCUGGAGGACUGGUCCGGCAACAAGCGCUUUGCUCGCUACCGGGGAUUCCGCGUCGGCUCCGAGAGGGACGCCUACCGCCUCUACCACGCCAAUGUUUACUUCGGCAACGCAGGGGACUCGCUCUACUCCCACAAUGGGCUGCCGUUCUCCACCUUCGACGUCGACAAUGACAACCGCGAUGGAGACUUCGUAGAGAGAAGCUGUGCGAGGCUGUACAAGGGGGCGUGGUGGUACGGUAACUGCCACGAUGCAAACCUCAACGGCUGGUACUUGGGAGGUCCACACCGGUCCUUCGCUGAUGGUGUUAACUGGUACACAUGGACCGGGUACAGCUACUCUCUUAAACGUACCGUCAUGAAGUUCAGGCCUCAGAGCAGCGGCCCCAUACCAAUAGGCUUUGACACCUUCAUCAUUGCUAAUCGUCGACGGAAUUUGGAUCUUGACAAAAUAAAUCUCCAAGAGUCUACACAGCAGGGAGCAGAAGUAGAAGCAGAAAACGACAAGCAGCGGGACGGCCGUGAAGAUGUACCGGAGAUGCUAUCCUCACGCAAUACAUUGUCUGCACCUGACUUCCACGAGUUGUGAUGACCUGUAGUGACCUGUGGUGAGCUGUGAUGACCUGUAGUGACGUGUGGUGACCUGUGAUGACCUGUGAGGAUGUGGUGACUUGUGAAAACCUGUCUAUACCCGACAAUGAUCUGAUGAUGACCUGUAUAUGCCCGACAAUGACCUGUUGAUGACCUUUUUAUACCCGACAAGAACCUGAUAAGACCCUGCCCUAAUAUAGCAUCUCUUCCUGACUAUACUGACGGCGAGGUCACAGCAGGAGUCAUCAAUAAGGUCAAAUAAGGUCAUGGUAAAGUGAACAACGAACUUGACUCGACAAGACCUAAAAAUGAUACACGCUUUAGUUAGUAGGUAACGGAGUGACGACUGUUGAAUAGGUAGAACAAUGGGUCAAAAUGGGUCAGAAUGGGUCACUCCAAUACCUCAUGGGCUCAUAAAUGUGUUGAUAGUAUAUUGUGAUGAUAAUGAAGUGAGGUGAGUGUAUGGUGAUGAUUAUACAUACAUAGAUAGAGGCACAUGUACACUUAUAGAUACACCCACACGUUCACAGACACAAUCACACGUACACAACACAAUUAACACGAUAAAUAUACACUCAUACAAGCACAUACACAUACAUAUAUACAGUCACAAACACAAACACCAACACCCACUCUUGAGUAUACUUAUUGCCACUAACCCCCCUCCCUCCACAUACCUUCCCUACGUC